CAAGGACAGGGCAUCCUCAGAUCAUCUUGGAAAGGGAGAAAGGAUGACAGCGAUGGAUCAUCAGUUCCCUUCUUGGAUCUUUGUCAAUGAGAGGACAUUUAUAACCAGGGAACAACUCAAUUCCUUACUAGAGACUUACAAUGUUUUCUAUGAAAACCAGAAAAACCUGCAUAUAUUGUAUGGACAGACUGAAGAUGGGCAGCAGAUUGUUGAAGGCAUGCUGGACAUUUUCUGGGGAGUAAAACGACCCAUACAGCUGAAAAUACAAGAUGAGAAGCAAGCCUCUUCCUUUGAUCUGUUGAAGUCACCGGAAACCUUUUCCAGCAAAGGGAGGAUGACUCGCUGGGGAGAAUUUGAUGACCUUUAUCGUAUCAGUGAGCUGGACAGGAACCAAAUUCCAGCAUCUGAAGCCAGGCAUUUCCCAGAAGACUAUUUAUCUUACCACAGCACUCUGAAGCCAUAUGCAGAUGAAGAGCCUGAAUCCCCAUUGCUCUACAGGACCAUGAGUGAGGCAGCUUUGGUAAGAAAAAGGAUGAGGGCCCCAGAAAUGUACAGAAAAGAUAGAAUGGGGAUGCUAAAGAACCACAGAGCCUCUAUCAACGGACACUUCUAUGACCAUGAGACAUCCAUCUUCACCCCAACAUUUGGAUCAGAGACUAAGGUCAGAGCCAACAGUAUCAUGACAACUGAAGAAGUAAUAAAGCAACUUCUGCAAAAAUUUAAGAUUGAGAAUAGCCCUCGGGAUUUCGCUCUUUACAUUAUUUUUGGGACAGGAGAGCAGAGAAAGCUAAAGAAGACUGAUGUUCCACUGCUGCAGAGGCUAGUACAAGGGCCAUCCAAAAGCAAUGCUCGGAUCUUCCUCAUGGAUAAAGAUGCCGAAGAAAUUAGCAGUGAUGUGGCUCCGUACAUUAAUUUUCACUUUUCUUUCUUGGAAUCUAUCCUUCAAAGAUUAGAUGAAGAAGAGAAAAUGGAGACCGAGAGAAUAAUGGCAAAAUUCAAUACUGAAAGGGCCUUUAUACUGAGAUGUCUUCAGAGUAAACAGGCAGCGAAAACAGAGACCACAGUCUAGAAGCGCAGCAGCUCCUGAUAGUAAGCCCUCCUCAACGGAGUUAGAGGAGUCACUGCUGAAUCAGUGUUCGGUCUGCUCUGCAACCUAGUAUGCAUGACCCUGAAGCUUUGGAAAACUGAAUGCCAAGAACCUGCUUCCUCUUUGAAAUGCUGAGGUUGGCUAUGGUUCAGAGUUGUACCAAGGCAAGAUGGGACUUCAUUUCAGUAACUGAAGGAAGCCUGCACAUUGCGUAUUCCAAAUGUCAUCGAUAGCAAGUUCUUGAGUGAGCCCAGACUGAAGUGGGCUCUGUUCCUAUCACUUGGUUUAAACUUGUUUUAUCUUGCACUUUUAUAAGAGCUGAGAUACUCAAUGACUCAUAAAUGAUUAGAAGUAAACAUUUCCAGUUCUUGAUGUCAACAAGAAACACAUGCUCAAGCCAUCAGAGAUCUGAACUGACAAUGUUUCACGGUUGUGUGAACAUUUGAGCAUUUUCAUCAAAUUUGGAAAUAGAUCUACACAGGCUGAUGAUUUUUAACUUUGUAGUAUCAGAGCUGCCUGACCUUUUAGAAUAAAAUGGUUUAGGACUUUGUAAAGAAACCUAAACUCGAGGCUGGAUAGAUGGCUAAGUGGUUAAGAGCAUUGACUACUGUUCCAGAAAACCCAGGUUCAGUUCCCAGCACCUACAGAGCAAUUCUCCAACCAUCUGCAGCUUCUGUCCUAGAGGAUUUGAUACCCAUCUAUGUGGACAUUGCAAGCACAUGGUGCACAGACACAGAGGCAGGCAAAACAGCUAUACAUAUAAAACAAUAAACAAAUAUUAUUUUUAAAAAAACUAAACU